GGAAGAACAUCUCGAUAACGAUAUAAGGAAAUUGACCUCUAUGUAUGUGCAUUCGUAAAAUUGUCGAAAUUUAAGUUUGUUUGGAAAUAUUUGUUGAAAUGGCUUCUGCAGGAAAAAAGGGUAAAAAGAAUAAAGGAACCGUUAUAUCUUUGCAAUCGUUCCUAUCAGAUGCUGAUACACCAGUCGGAACUACACAAGUCUCUAAAAAAAUACGAAACUUAGACGGCGAAGACAGUGAUGACGGUAGUAGUUCAUUGCCUUUAGUUUAUCAGCUUCCAACAGCUCCCCGGGCGAAUCGGAUAUUUGAUGAUAAUUCUAUUCCUCAUAAAGCUCCGUUUAUUGCGUAUAUCAAUAACUUGCCAUUUGAUGCCAAUGAAGAUGAUCUUUACGAGUUUUUCGGAGGUAUUAAUUUAAUUUCUCUGAGGCUACCUCGGGAAGAUGGCGAAAACGGACGUUCAAGAGGCUUUGGCUAUGUUGAGUUAGAAAAUCGAGAUGAUUUAAUUCAUGUACUUAGUUUGCCAGAUCCAUCUAUUAAAGGUCGUCGCAUUAGAAUUGAGCUAUCCAAUGAAAACGAUCAGCAAAACCGACAAAAAAACCGCCGGUUCGAUGGCUUUGGUAAUAGUGGAGAUAAUAGAGACUCUGGCAAUUGGAGGCGAGAUAGUCAAAAUAAUGGCAGUAGUUUUGGAUAUUCUUCCAAUUUUGACAGAAGUUUUAAUAGAGAAAGAAAACCUUUACCAGAAAGAGAAGAAACUAACACCCCUGGAUCCUGGCGAACAAGCGCUAGACCGCAAUCUAUAGAUUCUUCGCCGACUCGAAGAGAUGUGGACCAAGUAUCUGAAAAAUAUCGCGACGGUCGUGGCAGAAUUCCAGAACGAUAUUCACGGGAUGAUACAUCCAAAUUUGAAGAAAGACCAAAGUUAAAUUUAAAACCACGAACUCUACCAUUACCAGAUAUGAAUAAAUUGGAUUUCGAAAAAACUGACGUCGUUGAAACAAAUUCAGCUAAACAAAGUGGAUCAUUGUCGGUAAAUGUGUUCGGCUCCGCAAAACCGGUAGAUACAGCAGCUAGGGAAUUGGAGAUAGAGGAACGGUUAGCUCUGGCUCGAAAACAAGAUCAGACUCGCAAAGAAGACGAUUUUUUGAGUGACAAGCUUUCCGAAGUCCAAAUGGAUAAAAAUGAUAACGAAAGUAUAAAUGCAACAGUGAGCUGGCGUCGGAAUCAAGACAAUAGGGAGGACGAAAAAAUUAAUAUGUGUCAAGAUGAAAAGCACCAUGAAGAAGGGAAUUAUAAAUUAAAUCAGCCCCGUGAGCGAUUCGACAGGCUUGAACAUUUGAAAGAAAAAGUUAAUACAAACGGGGAGAGCAAAGUUCAAGAGGAUUACAAACAUAAACGAGAUUCUCGUAAUGACCGUUCACUGCCCAAGAAUAUUCCAUCAAAUGAACCAGUCUUGCAAUCUUCUAAUAAAUAUUCUGGACUUGACGAUGAAGGAUCGGAAUAAAAUAUUUGUAUGUUUCUUAUAAAUAAAUAAAAAUAAACAAAACAUAUAAUAGCAUAA